AUGAAAGCAGCAGAAGACCUCCGAUCCGAACGUGGCUCCUACGCAACACUCAAGAGGAAUCUGAGUAGGAGGAUCGAUGACCUGGAGAGAGACUUAGAAACCACAAAAAAGACUCUCCAGAAGACUGAGGCGAAGAUUACCAAGCGAGCCGAGCAGCACUCAACUUAUGAAAUCAAGAACCAUGGUUUCACUAAGCCGGAUUAUGAGUCGACGCUCGAAGAAUUGGAGAGUCUCAAGGCUACGGGAAAAAGGACGUCUGAUGACCACGAUGCUAAAUUGCUAGCACAGGGGCAGGAACUAGCCAAGUUGAGGUCUAGUCGAACCAACCCUAAGAUUGAGAAGGACAAUAUUGAGCGAGCCGUUCAUAAUGCUAUGCGCGUAAGGCAGGCUGAAAUUGACGAUAUCAAGGCAGAGUCGAGACAAAAGCAAGCCGAGAUCGACAGACUAGAAAUUGAGCUUACUGAUAUGCAAGAUGCACUGCAACGACAAGAGUUCGAGCUGGAGGAGAAGCAGAUCGAGUUGAAUGAUGUGUUGGAGCAGCUCGCGGACGACAAGCCUGUACUUGAGCAAAAGAACGAGAUCAUCAGUACCCUGGCAAGCAAUCUUGUAAAUACUCGGGGGGCUCUCGAUAGACAAAACAGGUGGGACGAACCUUGCCCGGCGUACCAUCGUUUGAGAGGCAGAUAG